GUCUCCUCAUGACUUCCGACGCAGUACUCGAGAGCAUCGAUCGGAAAUUGAGCUCGCUAGGCAGUGCUCUCGAAGUUGAGACCAAUUGCCGGGCCGGGAGGUUCGUUCUUGUGGAACACCGAGGCCGUCUCAGGAGGGCUUGUAUCGCGAACCAACGGCGAAUCGACGACAGGGAUUCGUUCGACGUAUAUCUCCUCGAUUACCCCGAAUGCGCGAACGUGGCCCAGAUGUUCAAAUGUCCACCGGACGUCGCGGCCAUACACAGAGCCUUGCUUUUCGUCAAGCUCAUUGGGAGACAGCGGACCGAUUCUGUUCGUUACGGGAUACCGUAUAGGCUGGUUGUCGACAAAUUCCUCAGUCAUGUUAUCCUAGGGCUUGUACUCGAAAUCCCCCGUUCACAAUCCGUCGCCUCAAGGUGACCUCAAUCGUCUCCUAUGAGGUAGCACCGAGAUGUCGUCAUCGGUUUUCGCCAUAUGGUACGCUCGGUUCGCUCCGGCAUCCUACCGCUGUGCCGCAAUCUCUACGGAUCGAGAGAAAUUGAUCGAUUUGUUCCGAUUAAUUUAAGCUUUCAGAUGAACAUUCGUCGUUGCUCUGAUUCCAUU